AUGAAUUUCUUAGCGAAACAUUUCUUCGAAUAUCAAUCGUUAAAUAAUCGACCGCAUUAUGCUGUACAGUUACAUAAAUUGCCACCUUCACAAGCUGGUGCUGAUCAAUCGGCAUCCUGGGCUCCGAAAUCGAUGAUUAAAGCAGGGAAGAAUCAGGCUGCACCUGCAGCUCGUGCUAAUCGUGCUAACACUGAAGUAAAACUUGGUACACAUCGUUAUGGACGGGCAGCCAAACAUGAAUUUCGAGACUGGGGCGAUAAGCAUGGCGAACUAAAAGGCGAAAAAUUAGCACCACAUAAGGAUCCGUUAACCAAAUUUCUAUCAAAUGAAGAAAAUACACCACGUAAUUUGUUUGAUUGCGAAUUUGAGGAACGAAUUUUUCAAACGGAACCGGAAACUCUGCCGGAACAAUUAGCACGGACUAGUAAAGCCGAUGAAAUCGAUUUGUCGCUUUCUAAUGCCGAUACAUCCCCUGGCAUAAAACAUGAAACAAAAAUACUAACUAUCCUAACAUAUGCGCCAAAUGUUCAAUUUAUAACGGCUACCGUCAAAAAGGCUAAAUUAUUACCUUUUAAUAAUAAACCAUUUGCUCGGGUAAUGUUGUUUGAUAAGCGUCGCCUGUUGGAGCAGAAACAAACAACGGUGACACCAACAUCUGUUUGUAGUAGAUGCCUUACUAUUGAUUGUACACUACAAAAGCCACCCAUAGCAGGUUCUCCAUCGUCUUCCUCAUCAGCUGGCUGUUCUAAUACAAAACUUUUAAUACCACCGACGGAUGCCAUCUUUUCGGAGUCAUUUCUAUUUCGUGUCACACCACAAAUGCUUGAUAGAUGCCAUAUUGUCAUCGAGAUGUUCGAUACUGAUCCAGCUGAUUGUAAUCGUGGACCGAUUCCAAUUGGACAUUGCGUAAUUGGUCCAAUGUGUCCAGGAGCUGGUUGUGCCCAUUGGCUACAAAUGAUUCGAAAAACUGGCAUACCAAUCUGUAUGUGGCAUCGUUUGUUUAAAAGUUAA